AAAAAAUCAAUAUUGCUAGAUGAGAUUUUUUGAGCAACGCCUUUUUUAUAUUUCAAUGCAAAUAUUAUUUUCAAUGCAACAAAAUAUUAUAAACAAAAAUUGUCUAUUUUAUGAUGGCAAUUCUGUUAGAUAUGAUUGGGCAUCUGAUAAUAAUUACCAAUCACUGCAACAAUCUCUUCUAUGUGCAAUAUCAAAACAACACCAGUUGCAGUCUAUUUUAGCAGAUAGCUCAAUUGUUUCAACAAUAUCCAAUCAAUUUCAAAUUAAUAAAAACAAUUUAUCCAGAUGCAUCAACAAGGAAAAUGGAUAUGUUUUGUUAGACGGUACUUGUUAUAACGAGAACCAAAUCAUGCCUGAUGCCUACUUCGAGUCUUCGAAAUCUUUUAAUCUACCUCAAUCAAAAACUACAUUCAAAUCUUUUCCUUUGCGUGAACGAUUGAAGGCUGCCGAUUCUGAGUGCAGAUACAAGAACAACAUAACGGCCUGCAACAUGAUAGCCAAUUAUUGCGUACUUAGCCAUUACGCCGAAUUAAACUAUUGGUGCAAAGUUUUUAGGGAUUUGGUCGAUGCUAAACUUCCAUUGCUAUUGUCUAGGAUCUCUAAUUCGACCCGUCCGCUUGACGAUAUGAACGAUGUGCCCAUUAUAUUGUACAACUCCUAUAUGGCCAACAAUCUCAACGCCCUCUUUGACGGCAAAGAAAAAAUGGCCCUGAAGGAUGCGAAGAUAAAGUUGAAGGCCUACGAUCUGAAUGGACAUUGCUUGGGCCUUUUCGAUCUUUCCGCCAUCUUGAUGUGCCCUCUGCCGGAUACUUAUAUCAGGGCAUCUAUCCUUUCGCUUAACCGUUAUUCGCAUAUCAAAUGCUACAUCGACAGUGGUAGAUUGUGGAAUAUUCCCUAUCCUGGCAUCAUAUUUUUCGAUCCGUACAUAUCGAUGAAGGACUCUCCGGGGACACUAAUUCCUAUUCCGCUGUACAUCUUUAGCGAUUCCAAAAGGGACGUUGAAUCAGAAUCAAUCCCUUCUUCCUUUUUCCCCGUCUAUACAUCCUCCAAGAAUAUCAUGCGCGAAUUUAUGGCCUCUGAUGACAUGAAAGGAAUGCUGUCCGAACGUUCCUUUUAUCGCCGUUUUUUCGUUGCCGAAAACGUGGCAUCCCCGGGAUUGUUCGACGUUUCCAAUACUGUCGAUCAAGUCUUCCCAACGUUUACUCAUCCCGUUAAUUCCACCCAUCCAUCUUCCGGGAACGUAGUCGAUUUGUUGUUCAAUCGCCCCCAAAAUCCGCAACUCGCGAUCAAAUCCAUGCCAUCUUUCGUUCAGUACGCCAAAAGGGUCGACGUUUUAAUCAAUAGCAAAGGGAUACCUAACAUCAUAAUGUUAAUCCAAUACGAAAGAUUAGAUUCUAAAACGUACUUCAAUCCCACUCCCAAUAUCGCUGGUUCUGGAAGGCAUGUCGAAACGAUUCUCAACAUAGACCACGUGGGCCGCCCUCACUCGCGCAUGCUCGGUCGUACUAACCUCAUCAUCUUGGCCGUGGUUGGUUGGAUUUGCUUCGCGCAUUCGUGCUUGCGCGUCUGGCUUUGGGUCAGGCAGGCCGAUGCUCGUAAGCAGACGCUCGAUUUGGAUUUGUUGAUCAAAUUCUUUUUUCACUUUUGUGGGCCAUUCGCGCUUCUGAUUUUCGCCACCGUGUCUACGUUAUCUCUGAUCGUGUCCAUCCGAUAUAAGAUCCACAAGGAAAAUAUGAACUAUCCUUUGCCCACAAGGUUUCAAGAAAGACCAUUCGUUUUGUGCAUCAUCGUUGCCUUAUCAUUUUUGGCCAUUCAUUUGUUGUACCAUUUAUCCCGGCAAACUAAUUACGAAUUGUUUUUUAUCGAUUGGGAGAAUAUUAACUUCAUGAAUCCCAACACCUAUCCAAACGAUAAAAAGGAAGAAGAGGAAUUAUCGUCUGCUCACCAUGGUAAAAGCAGACGAAAGCAUAAAAAAAACAAACACGCGGAGCGAGAAGAGGAAACGACUUUUAAUCACGAGAUAUACCCCCCUCCAGAAAGGAUGUACGCUGGUCAGAACGAGUUAUUUAACGCGCCGACUGGUUCGGUACCCUUUUGGCCUCCCUAUUUUAUGUCGCCUCAUUUCAAUAACGCGCCCGGUCAACCUAAUUAUCCCAACUAUCCCCUUCCUAAUAACGGCUUCAUCGAUCCUUCUUCAAAUUUUUCUCCCUUUCCUUAUCCUUACAAUCUAUAUAACCCCUCCCCUCAGAAUAACAUGAAUAUCGCAAGUCACAGAGAUUAUCAAAACACUGAUUCAACUAAGGAUCAUAAUAAAUACUCCCGGAAAAAUCGUAAUAAUAAUAACAAUUAUUUUGUCGAUAAUCCAGGGUACGAAAAUUCUGAACCGGAAAUAGGGGUAUCUCCUCAAGCGGACGAUAAUGUCAAUAAUAACAAUAGUAAUGAUCACAAAGCGGACGAUACUACCCGAAGCAGACGAUCGAAGGGGCACGACCACCGAGAUAAGAAAAGCAAACGGAAACACGUUUCCUCGAAUUCUCCCACAUCUCUACCAAAACACCAUCACGAUACGAAAGAUGGAAAAAUCAAAACAGAAUUCGAAAUGGUGGCCAAUAAAAAUUUCGAUCCUAAAAUGAAUAACGGGAUUGGCUACGAAAAGUAUAGUAACAACAUUAACACGGGUAGCGCUAGCAGGAUCAUGCGUUGCAUCGAAUAUUGGUGCAAGAUUCAGACUUUCAGGAAUAUUCCUAACAGGAAGGUUCUCUUUACCGGACUCUUGAUCAUUCAGCUGAUUGAAUAUAACAAAUUCGCGCGUUGCUAUACCGGAAAUGAUCCUCCUGGGAUAGAUGUGUACACGGACGGCAACGCAACCUUGACAUGCCUGCCCGUGAGUGGCCUUCUCAGAUUCGCAAUUUUAUCCGUCGUUUUUGUGGUCCUGGCAUUUCUCACAUGCGUAUGUCGUCAAUUCUUCUUGUUUUUGUUUAAUCGGCUAAAACUCUUGAACAAAAGCCAAAGUCGGCUGGGAAUAUUCCCCAAAUUGAUCACCCUGUGUCAAACCAACAACGUUUCCUUGUUGGUCUUGAAGGAAAAAAAUUACGCCGUUUAUCUUCAUUGCGUCAACGGGUUUGGAACGGGAAAUUUGACGCUCGAGGAAUUCAUUUUUCGACAAAGAUAUAGCAAGCAACUCGCGGAUUCUGGUAUGGGGGCCAAUAAUUUUUCGCCUUAUUCUCCUUCCGAUCAGGAUAGUAAAGCUCUUGGAGGCGGUCCAGAAACGCAGCCGCCUUCCCUGAUGAAUGGCAAGUGCUACGAGAUUAGUCUUAAUCCUUCCACCAGCAACCUCCUAAAUCAAUCCAUUUUGGCCAUUCAACAACCGUUGAUUAACCAAUUUUUAACGAUCGCCAAACCAGGAACGACGAAUGACAUGCUGGAUAAAAGGAUCAUGGCCUAUCAAUACACCAACAGUCUCCUGAUCGAUUUCCUCAGCAAAAACUUUUUCCACUAUAUGCCCUACCAAAUAGUUUAUAAGACGAUAAUCGAGAAGGUGUUGAACAUCGAGAUGAACCUACCUUUGCACAUGUCCUACUUAUAUCCACAUACCUUUUUAAGUCCUAUAAAACGACUCCUCUUGGUUGACAACGAGGUUUAUCUAUUGGUAUUCGAAAUAUUGGUUAUAGCUAGCAUCGAUUACGUUACCCGCGGAAAUUUUAUGGUUUUAGCGGUGUUUGUGGCCUGUUUCAUCGAUUGGAUCAUUUGCGAAUUCCUGCAUUUAGCCUGCAAAAGGAGCAUAUGUGCCAAAACACUAAUAGAUUUUGAUCUCGUCUAAAAGCCUAGAUAUUUUUGUUUGGUAGCCAGCCAAUCAUCAUUAUCAAAUAUAAAUUGUGUAGUAUUUAAUAUUUUGUUAAAUUUUACAUUUUGUCCGUCCAAAAUAUGAUAUUAUU